CAGAAAACUUGGGACUCCGCGCCGCUCGCGACCUGCUGCCGUCCGGGGAGCGGCUCCCGGGGGAACAACGCCUUGGCUCCGGGGAACCGAGAGACAGUGAAAGAGGCGGCCUCCCGCGGCAGCGGAUCCUUCUCGUCUGCUCCUGCACCCUUCGGGUCAGACCGCAAUGAGUGGACUGAGGUCUCCUGGGCUGCUGGGGCUGGUGCUCUUAAUGCUCUCAGCAGGGUACUGCAAAGAGAAAACUGACUCCUCAGAUUUGAAGGACAGGCAGGGUCUCCUAAAUCUGAUCAUGGAGAUAAUUCAGGAACUGAAAAGGUACCACCUGGAGAAGGACAGUGGGAUGCAGUACUUCUCCAAGCACGACUAUAACUUAGAUAGAAGGGAAGUGGCCGACUACGGAGGAUAUCAGGACGAGCAGAGAGUUGAAAUAGUUCCCAGAGAUCUGAGGAUGAAAGACAAGUUCUUAAAGCAUUUAACAGGUCCACUCUACUUUAGCCCAAAAUGUAGUAAACACUUUCAUCGGCUUUACCACAAUACAAGGGACUGCACCAUCCCAGCAUAUUACAAAAGAUGUGCCAGGCUUCUUACUCGGUUGGCAGUAAGCCCAAUGUGCAUGGAAGGAUAAAGAUGUUAUUACCAUGAAAAGAAAUACCAAGAACCAAGAGAAGUGCCUUGGAAACCAACAGGGAAACAGAACUUACUACCUUUAUAACAUAUUCCAUUGUGAACAAGAGAUUUAUUUUUGCAGAUUGACAGACUACUUCCCAUAAUUCUUUUAACAUGCAUUUUGUAUGUCAUCAACAGUUUGCAGUGACAUUCUUUACAGUAGCGUAACUGCCAGUAGUACUUGUUCCAUCCUUUACAGAACACACUUUACAACUGAUGUGUAAUGCUGCCAAAAAUUAUGUAAACACAAAUAUUUCACCAAGAAAAUUGAUGUUCUAUUGCUUAAUUCUACAAUUUCAAGGAAUGUUUGUUUGUAUAUCUAGAACUACUAAAGAUCUGCUCCACAGUAGUUGUGGUCACUUCAUAAUAUCCUUCAUGCUUAUGCAAUUUUUUAAAAGUUUGGUUAAAACAAACUUGCAUUGGGGUCACAUUGUACCCUAGGAGUACAAAUUGCAUGACAAGAAGGAAUGUGAUUCCAAGCAGACAUAUUUUUUGGGACAGUGGAGCAUGGAUUUUGUACACAAACACAAGCUGCCAUUAAUUUACUUUAUAUAAUAAAUGUAUAAAACAUUCCAGCGAACGUGCAAUAUGUAAAUACUGUAAAUAAUAAGUGUAAGUAAUAAAGUGUUUGGUA